GUCAAAACAUUUAAACGAGUGCACAUCUCAGACACUUCUAUAUAAAAUUUGUAAAUAUCAAUGUUUUAUAAGAAAUUUUAUAAUGUAGAACCUUUGUUCCGUAUUUAUAUUAUGAGAAUUUAUUAUAAAAACUUACCUUGUUCACUGGCAGGUACUGUAGAAUGUCGAAAAUAUUUAAAACCAAUGCAAAAGAGUUGGUUGAUUCAAAAGAAAUGGAAGAUCCAGGUGUUUUAUGUGAUUUAAAAAAUUAUAUACUGGAAUUUCAAUAUCCUCUGGUCGAUAGCAUGAGCGACGAGGAAUUGGCGGAUAUCUUUAAACAAACCAAUCGAGGCUUUUUAAUAUCAUGGAUGUUAAAACUCGGAAUUUACGAUGGGGAAGUUUCCGCGGAAGACACAAAAUUUUUGGGUACAAUUUUAUAUGAAAACGGGUUCUGUACCAAAGAAGAAAUGAUACCUUUUAUGCUGAGUUCUCUGGAUCCUUCGAAACAGUUAAACAUAUUACAAAAUAUGUUUAUUUAUAUAAAGACAAUAAAAAAACAAAAUUCCGAUAAAUUUAGCAAAUUUGUGUCACUGGACGAUAUCGAAACUCUUUCAAAAAAUACUCUAAAUUUGUUUCCCAUGUACGGUGAAAUUAAAGUGUUGGAUAAUGAAAAACCUUCAGUGAUUAAAACAGAAAACGUUAUCGAAGACUAUAAAUACAAUAUAAGUGAAAAUAAUUCUAUUAACGUUGAUGAAAUUAUGGAAAAUAUUAGUUACGGAUUAUCCACAAUGAAAAAUGUAGUAAAAAAUCGUUUAAAGCAUGAAGAUAAUCGAAUAAUACCUAGUCCAGAGGCAGAUAAAAUAUUUAAAAACUGUAACCAGUAUAUGAAACAAGUUUGUCAAUUUUUAAAAGAUAUCAAAACCAUACAGGAGUUCAAUCAAAAUAACCAUACCUUGUUAAUAGAUGAUGGUGAAAUAUCUUCCAUGACUAGUAUGUCAAUGUUAAAUGAAAUAAAUGAAGAAAUUCGAAAAAUUUUGAGGUACAAAGAUAAGGAGGAAAUGAAAUAAAAAGUUUAUUAUUUUCUUAACAAUUUUAAUAUGUAAUAAUUUUUGUAUCUAUCAUUUGUUUGUACAAUAUUUUACAACAAGUUUAGUAAGGACAUUUUCUUCAUCAUUGUAACCUUCAAUUAAAUCAAAAUGAUCUGUAUUUUCCAAGAAAAUAUAUUCAGCUUUGAAUCCC